AUGGCCCAAAAAUUAGACUUUAAAGUUCAAUGGGAUUCUGAUGAAAAUAACGAUGACAAUGAAACUAAGUUACGGUAUAUGCAAUCUUUGUCUUCUAAUGACUAUGAGGCGUUAAACUGGGGACUUGAUGAUGAAAAAUGUUCACAGGAAAGUGAAGUAUAUGAUAGUAGUGAGGAGUAUAAAGAUCAGAAUAUUGAAGAAUUUAGUGAGAUUAUAAAUAAUGAUAAGGAGACAUCAGGAAAAAUAACUGAAGAAACUGAUAAAGUUAAGGAGAUUGAAGGGUCUUCUUUAGAGAAGAACUUUCAACGAACUGAUUCAGAAUCUACACUAGAAGAAGAGUUAGAAGAUAAACCUAAAGUAGAAACUAAAGGAGUAAGAAACUCAGUUACAUCUAGUACCCCAAAUAUAGGAAUUUUAGAGAUGCUUUUAAAUUUGGAUCUACAAGCUAAAGAAAUUUUUUUAAAUUUUAUUGAAGAUGAGCAGUUAUUAGAGUUGAGACUUGUGUGUAAACAAUUUAAUGUAUAUGUGGAUUCAUAUAUUCGUCACUCAUUAACAACCUGUCACUUUUUUACGGUACAGUCAAUGCGAUUACCUAUGGACUUCUGGUUUGCCGCUAUAAGAUUUUUUUAUUUAGAAGCGGGGAGGGUAUACCCGCUGAACAGAAUACGGUAUCAUCCAAUUGUUGCUGCACUAAAGCAUAACCAUAAAAUAUUACCUGUAUCUUCGGAACAAAUGAGAGCUCAUGUUGUGGUAACAUUAGAUAAAUUACGUCCCGAACACAUUGUAUUUUGUAACCAUGUGCAUCCACAACCACACACUUGUGAUGUUAAUCUUGAGAUAAAAGGGCCAUCUAAAGUAUUUUUUGAUGAUAUUUCAAUAAUACAAUUUGUUCAACACUAUUUUGACCAGCUUCAAAUUGUAGAUGAUGAGAUUAUUCGUGGUAAUAGACCUUUUACAAAACAUAGGUUGGCUUGUUAUUUCUAUCAUCUCCUCAAAUCGAUAAAAAUGUUGUGUGACAAAGACAAGGGAACAUUUAAGACAUCAAGAAUUGAGUAUUUAGUCAAUACUGGAACUAUUAUGAGACAUCGUAUUUGGUAUCAAUUAUAUGCUUCAUGGGGAAGUAUGAAAAAGACGAAGAUAUCUGAUAAAAAUACUGUAAAAAGUAAAAGUGGUACAGUAACUAAAGAAUUAAACAGCAGAUCAGUUACUAACCUCAAGAUAAAUAAAGUAGAAGGAUUAAUGGCAAAUAAGAAUACAUAUAGACCAUCAUAUAAUGUGAAAUCAAGAAGUAAUGUUGUUAUGGGAGCAGGAAAUACAAGAAGUGGUAUUGAUGAUUCUGACCAUGGAUCUCGGGAUGAAUUGAAAGUUGAAAUUUUCCUCACAGUUGCAGAUCACUUUCAAUGGGAUAGCUGA